GCGCCAAUUCCCUCUAUUGUCAUGCUUUGCUGAGUUAUACUCCAAAAUGCCACUACAUCUCCUCGGCAAAAAGUCAUGGAACGUGUACAACCCAGAAAAUAUCGCGCGCGUCCAUCGUGACGAGGCGCAGGCAAAAGCUCGAGAAGAAGAAGAAGAGCGGCGCAUGCAAGAGAUUGAUGCAGAGCGUCGAAUACAGUUACUGCGCGGCGAAUACCCUUCUAAUCUACCUCCCUCAAUUCCUCCUGCACCAACCGAGACUGCCCAGCCUGGAUCCUAUGGCCGACCAGAAUCAGAAUUUGGUGUAUUUAGGCAUAAGAAACGGCGACGAAUUGCAGGAGAAGAUGAUACGGACCGCGAUAUAAGGUUCGCAAGAGAAGACGCUGUUCAAUACGACGCGAGGCGGGAUGAGUUGCUUUCGUCCGGGCGAAAAGGGAAAAAUCGCGAGGAACACGUUCCUAUUGUAGAUGGUACUGGUCACAUUAACCUGUUUACUGAGGAUAUGACGCGACAACAGAGAGCCGAGAAAAAUGCGGAAGCGGAAGCUGAGAAACAUAAAAAACAACGAGUUUUUGAAGACCAGUAUACAAUGCGUCUGUCUAAUGCGUCCGGCUUUAAGGAGUCUGCCGGUCAGACACCUUGGUACUCCGCGAAUUCUAAAGAUGCGCAAGCCCCAAAUGCAAUGCGAGGCACUGAUGUUUGGGGAAAUGAAGAUCCUCUGAGGCAAGAGAGGGAGAAGGCUCGCACGAAUGCAAAUGAUCCUCUGGCAGCAAUGAAAUCUGGGGUUCGUGGGCUCAAAAAUUCACAGAGAGAACGGAAAGAAUGGCAAAAACAAAGGUUACGUGAAAUAGAGGAUUUGGAACGAGCUCAGAGAUCUGAACAUCGACGGAGAAGAAGACGAAGACCACAUUCUCCAGACUCCUUGAACAGCCUGGAAGGAUUUUCACUAGAUAAAGACAGCAGGAAGCAUUCGGAUGAGUCGCAUGAAACGCUGCGGCGGUCUCACAAGCAUGAAUAUCAAGAACAUCAACGUCGUCAUCGACAUCAUCAUCGGCGCCAUCACAGUUGAUUAUAUUGGGCACUGUUCAUUUUAUGGUCUCGCAAUUUGCUGGGCUGGUCGCAGAACUUUAGUCAAUUUUUAUACCGGGAUUAUGACUAUUGCGAUGGGCAAUUAUAGCAUAGCUUCCGGCUAUGAACCCUGAGGGCAUGGCAGGGUCUAGUUGUCUGCCAGAUCCACUUUUAGCAGACCUGAGGUAUUGUGUCAACGAAGGUAAU